AAUAAAGCCACCACCUUCCAAUCCCCACGCCCCCCAUAGCCGUGAAAAUAAAAAAACACACACACAAAAACACACAGUUAGGGUUUCUACUUUUCAUUAAAAAAAACACACACACUAUAUCCCCUGUGAUCAUUUUCCCUAAUUUUAAAAGGGUUUCGUGAUGACAGAUAACGAUUUUGAAUUAGGAGCUGAUAAUACAAACCCUAGAAUAGAUUCAGAUGAUGUUAGUAGCUUAGAAAAUACAAACCCUAGUUUAAAUUCUGCAUCUGUAAAUUUUAAAACUGAUUCGGGUGUCGAAAAUGUUUCGGAUGAAGGAAAUGAUGUAAAUAACGAUAGUCGGCCCGAAAAUGAUGAGGUGGUGGUUAGAGAUAGGGAUGUAAAGAGUGUUAAAAAGAAAGGGAAGAAAAGGAUGGAGUCGAAAACGGACUUGUUGCCGGUUUACGAUUCGAUGAUUUCGCAGUUUGAUGAGUUUGCGGCUAAAAACGGUGUUGUGAUUAUUAGUGAGGAACGGUCGCCGGGAGGGUUGGGUGAGGGGUUAACGGGAGGUCACGGGUUUGAGGUUGGGGAUAUGGUUUGGGGAAAAGUGAAGUCUCAUCCGUGGUGGCCGGGGCAUAUAUUUAGUGAAGAUUUUGCGACUCCUUCAGUGAGGAGAUCGAAAAGGGACGGGCUUUUGUUGGUUGCGUUUUUUGGAGAUAGUAGUUACGGAUGGUUUGAUCCUUCGGAGCUUGUACCGUUUGAUACUGAUUUUGAGGAAAAGUGUCGUCAGACGAAUGCUAAGUCGUUUGUUAAGGCUGUGGAGGAGGCAGUGGAUGAGUUGAGUAGGAGGAGUGCGCUCGGGUUGGCUUGUAUGUGUAGGAGUAAGGAGAAUUUUAGGCAGACUGAUGUUAAAGGGUAUUUUGCUGUUGAUGUGCCGGAUUAUGAGCCUGGAGCUGUGUACUCGGUUGAUGCAAUUGGUAAAGCCAGGGAGGGGUUUAAGCCCGAUUUGGCUCUCGAUUUUAUAAGGCGGUUGGCUUUGGAACCUACAGGUGGUGAGAGUACUGGUAUCGAGUUUAUAAAGAACAAGGCAAAUGUUGUUUCUUACAGAAGGGCAGUUUAUGAGGAAUUUGAUGACACGUAUUUACAAGCAUUUGGUUAUGAUACUGCCCGCUCAUCACCUGAAACUUCAAAAGAACCGGCACCACGAAAAACACCAGCAAAAGCUCCAUUGAGUGGGCGGCAGGUGUUUGCUGACACUUCUGGCAAGGGAAAGAGUUCCACAAAACCAAAUAAGCCCAAAGACCAUGCUAAAAAGGAUAAGUACCUCUUAAAGCGUAGAGAUGAACCUAAACAAGUUAAAGGGAACCAAAAGGAGAAGGGCAAGGUGGCAUUAUCUCCCCAGCUUGGCCAUAUCGAAGAUUCCACGACAAUUGCUGCUGGUGACUUUGUGUUGCAAAAGAGAGUUUCAGCAGCACAUGGAUCAGUUGGGUUAGAUAUUGCAAAUGAUGGAACACCUUUAGUGGAUAUAAGUGAAAAAGGUGCAAUUAUGGAAGACAAGCCUAUGGACCUUGAAUCUGAAGAGCCUGGUUUUCAGACCAUCAAUAGCAACGUUGAUAAUGAUGACAAAAGGAUUGUGUCACAAAUGGAGGACAAAAACACAAGUUCUGAUUUGGUAGAUGACAAAACUUCAAGUGACAAAUUGGUUAUUACCCACAAGGAUAUCCGAAAUUCAGGAGCCCAAAAAGAUAUUGCUUCUCAAAGUGCGGAUAAAGGGCUAAAGAAGGUGAAAGUCUCCAAACGUCCAUUCGGAGAGUUAGGUGCAGGGAAAUCCGUCUUGCCUGAGAAGAAGAAAAGAAAGAAAGAACGGUUGAUGUCUGAUGGCACGCAGGGAGCUCCUUUGAUGAAGAAAGUUCUAACUAAAAAGCAUGUUCAAUCAACAAACCCAAUGGUUGAGAUUCCACACGGGACUGAUAGUAAAAGUACUAUUUCUUCCUCUUCUCAUACAGGGACACAAGAGACGACUGGUCUGGCCAAUUAUGAAACCGAACUCCCACAGGUGCUUGGUGAUUUGCAUUCACUUGCUCUUGAUCCUUUUCAAGUGCUUAGCAGAGGAAGAGUCGCUAAAACAAGGCAGGUUUUUCUAAAAUUUCGGUCACUCGUAUUUCAGAAAAGCUUAAACUUGUCUGCACCAGCUGAGGAUGAUUCUAGUAAAUCUUUUGAGAAUGGCAUAGGAGUGACACAUGUAAAACUACAAGCCAGCUCUUCUGGGAAACCUGAUGAUCCCACGAAAGGUGGGCGAAAGCGGGGUCCAUCUGACCGUCAGGAAGAAAUGGCUGCCAAAAAGAAGAAAAAGCUUGGUGAUAUUAGAAAUUUAACAAAGGAAAAGAAGGCAGUCAAGAAGAAUGAUGAACCACCCACACGAGAUGUAAAGCCUCCAGUUACUAUGAUAAAGAAAUCAGGACCCGAUUUUGUCAAGAAAACAGAGCGACGACCGGAACCUACUAUGCUAAAUAUGAAGUUUCCCCCAGGAGGAUCUCUACCAAACACUAAUGAGCUAAAGGCACGGUUUGCGCGUUUUGGAGUAAUGGAUCAUUCAGCUACUCGGAUUUUUUGGAACACCUUCACAUGUCGAGUGGUAUACAGGUACAAGGCAGACGCCCAGGCUGCUUAUAAAUUUGCUGUUGGAAAUAGCACUCUGUUUGGAAACAGGGGUGUAAAGUGCACUCUCAAGGAGGUCGGGGUUGUGGGUUCGGCUGAGCCUGAACCAUCAGCUAAAGUCCCUAAAGAAGACCACCAGCCAUCAAUGGAGUACAGGCCACCAUCUAUGGUUCCAGCCUCACCAGGUGUGCAGCUGAAAUCAAUUCUGAAGAAAUCUGGCAGUGAAGAUGCGGCAGGGAAUGGUGGUAGGGGGCGUGUAAAAUUCAUGUUAGGUGGGGAAGAAAAUCAAGUGAAGAAUAUGGAGAACAAAAAUGGUGCAUCUUCUUUUUCUUCUUCUACUUCUCAUGCAACAAUGGAUUUUAAUAGUAAGAAUUUUCAAAAGGCUGUUCUUCAAUCAUCUACUAAUCCAUUGCCACUUCUUCCUCUUCCUAAUUCUAAUCCUAUUACUAGUUCAACCACUCAAUUUACUAGACCAUUACCACCACCACCUCCACCAAGUUCUAAGCACUAUAGUACGCCACUAGCACCACCUCCGUUACUGCCACCACCACGGUCUAUAAAUUAUGCAAAUGAAAUGUCAAAACCAACCCCGACACCACCACUACUACCGCCCCCUGGGAACUUUGUUCAUAACUUACAAAGACCAAAUAUUGCCCCAAUACCCACAAUGCCCAAAAUCGACAUAUCACAACAAAUGUUAAGCCUUUUGACGAAGUGCAAUGAAGUUGUUACCAAUGUGUCAAACACGUUUGGCUACGUGCCUUACCAUCCCCUUUGAACAUAACUUAAAAUAUACAACGUGGAGAUUAAAAAAAAAAAAUGAGCAAUUUCGAUACCAAAAUGAUGAAUUCAUGCAUGGCGUCAUAUUUGGAAAAUGUUGAGGAAAGGUUGUGUAGUUGCGAAGGGAAUAUAGACGAAAAGAGAAAUCAGUGUACUUUUUUCUUUUUAUAGUUGCAAUUUUUGGUUUUGUCUAUGUUAGCAUUUCUUUUUCUUCUUUUUUUUUUGCAACUUAUGUUUACGGUUAUUGUUGUUAGUUUUGGAUGGAUGGUUUUUUAUCAUGUUGUAUUCCGCUA